AGAUGGCGACAGUUCCGUAGAGGCGAUAGGAGACGAAGCGCUGACGUACGCCCCUGUUGUACGAUAAGUUUUCAUUUUCUUUCCACAGGAAGUGUGCUUCACUAUUAGCCACGAUGGAAGGAUAUAGUUUUCGGGGUAAAGGGGACAUCACCGUACUGCUUGCUACUACACCAAGGCUGCAACUUAUAUAACGGACGACUCUAUUGUCUUAACCGUUGCGGACAAUUGCAUAGUUCGUAGUAUGUUAUAGUGAUCAUUUAUUUCCAGUGCAUCGUUAUAGACGAACGGCUUUGAAAUGUCUGUGAAUAUGACGUAUGCGUGUGCUGCCCCAUUGUAUUUGGACUGUGGUUUUAGUCUUGGCUCAACUUAUCACUGACCAUUGUGUUAGUGUAAUUAUGUAAUUGCGGAUAUUUGUGUUUUUUUUUUUUCAGAAACGGAAUUAUAACAUUGUGUGGUAAACAAUUAGCUUAAACGAUUAGUUUUAAUUACUUUCACUAGUGGUGACCAAUGUUUGUUCAAUGUUUUAUUCUUGUCGUGGACAUUACUCAAACACACAAACUAGUCUUGACCUACUUCAAGUUGGCAGUCUAGGCAUGUUGUAGUCUCUUCUCCUGACUUGCUGAGACUUACUGAAGCCCCAAACACUCACUCAAAGAAUGUGUGUUAUAUACACAAAUAAGGAUAAUCGAUAGUGUGCGAUAAUGGAGCUACACCAAUAUGUUAAUGUGUUAUGUGUGAUCGCUGAAUGAACUUAUCCAAUAUCAUAUGGACGAGAUCAGCAUAACAAAGAAAAUGGCUACUUCCGAACUUACGUCAUUUCCUGUUGGACUGGAUAAAGAAAGACCUUUGAUCCAUGCAGAUGCAACGAGCGAGCAUGGAAGCACAGAGCAGACGAGGCGUCAACGAAGAAAACAAGACGCCAUGGAGGAAGGAUGGGAUUUUAGAAAACUGAACGAUGAAGAGUUUGAAGAAUUUUGUGUCUACAUUGUGCAGGACAGGCCUUGCGAGCCCGCGUGUCACAAUAGGGCCCAGGCCUCGCUGCCUAGGAAUUUGACGUUUCGACCAUCUAUCAUAUGCCAGAAUUCUGUUGGUGUCUGGAGUUCUGAGCACAUACCUAGAGGGACACGUUUCGGACCUCUGGUUGGAGAAAAACUGGAUCGCCGCUCAACGACUGAGCAGUUUCACCCCAAAUAUAUAUGGCAGGUCUACAAAGACGGUGUUUUGGAUUACAUGAUCCAAAUUACAGACCCAGAUCGCAGCAGUUGGCAACUCUUUAUGAAUUUGGCGCCCUCAGACAGGGAACAGAACGUGGUGGCCUGUCAACAUGGAGCACACAUCUAUUUUUACACCGUCAAGCCCAUUGAGGCCAACACGGAACUACUUUUCUGGUUCUCGCAAGAAUACUCAGAGAGAGUGAAAUGUCCUUCAUCUGUGGGAGAAAAAAAUCUGCCCUACGUGAACAGACUCGUGCCAGCACCGACACUGUCCCAGUCCAGUCUUAAAGAAACCAACAAAUCAGACAAGCCUGAGGCUUUUAAAUUUCUCAAUGGUGACAAACAUUUGUCCCCCCUCAGAUCAGCUGACAGUCAGACCCCAGCACUCCAUGCAGAGCCUGCACUUGUGUCCGGGCUCCACUCUCCGCCCUCCUCUCAGUACACAACGUUUUCCUACUCUCACUUACCCUCCUCACACCUGGGCCGCGUUUCUAGCUCUCAACCAACCUACCUUUCCAGUCCGCCUCCGCCCCUGAGAAUAAACAACGCUGCAAAUUCAGACGAGUCAUCGCCCAUUCUUGAUUUCAGCAUCUCAAAGAAGAACUCUCGCAGCGCAGAAGAAGUCAGCAAUGUCAAAGUGGAGCGCAAGACUCCUGAAAAUCAGACGAAACCUUCUACUGAAGGAGCCAUAUGGUCACCCAGGUCGCCACAACGCCCAAAAGUUCUAGACCAAGAAAGAAAAUCCCACUGGGAGCCGGUCAAAUUUGAACAAGCACAAGAAAGUAACAAAGGCAGAAGAUCUCCAAAAGAAGGUGCGAAUUCACGACGGUCCUCAACUCCUAAGGGCCAGAUUCGAUCUCGAAGUCCCAUACAAAAUGACCAGCCACCUGCAGCUCACCAGGGAGGAGGAUUCAAGCCCUUUCAAUCUCCGUCCAAAAGGCACGCUGGCCUUAUUGAAAAUCUCCUUCUGAAAAAAAUGCAGGAGCAAGGGGCUGAGUUUCCAGCGCAGUAUUUCCCUCCUCGGGGUGGGCAUUUCCCUAUUCAGCAGCAUCCAUUACAGACUCCAACAAUGAAUGAACUUAAGGCUAAUACCAAUCCGGAUUCGAAGCCUUGCUACACUUCAGAAACGCCAAAGAGAGGAUCCGAGGAGCUCUACCCUUUUAAUCCGUUCCCUAUGUUAAAGUUUGGCAAUUUGUAUCCGCCAAACUUUCUGCUGGAUAGACCUUACAAUCCUCUGCUGAGCCCUGUGAAGGCUGACAAUCUAAAUUUUAUGUCAAGGUUCUUACCUGCCAUGAAGCAUUCUGCUUUUAACUCGCCAAUGAUGCUUCCGAACUCGUCCAUGCCUGGUCUGCCUGGCUUACCUGGAUUGUUUCCAAUGAAUCCAUUAUACCAGCAGUUAGCUCAGCACUACCCAUCGCUACCAACUUGGCCUCUUUAUCCCCCAUUCUCAACAGCAGACAGCGCUCCGCCAUCUGAAAAUCAAGUCCCACACUUGCCAAAUAGUCAGGAUAAAGGCCUCAAUUUGACAAAGCCUAAGACAGUUCACCAGCAUAUGACUUCCAGGGGAUAUCGCAACCUGCCAUAUCCUCUCAAAAAGAAAGACGGCAAAAUGCAUUACGAAUGCAAUGUGUGUAUGAAAACAUUUGGGCAACUUUCUAACCUUAAAGUUCACCUUCGAACGCAUACUGGCGAGAGACCAUUCGUUUGCCAGACAUGUAGUAAAGGCUUCACGCAGCUCGCCCAUCUUCAGAAACACAAUUUAGUCCAUACGGGAGAAAAGCCACAUAAGUGCCAAGUCUGUGAUAAGAGGUUCAGCUCAACGAGUAACCUCAAGACGCAUAUGCGGUUGCAUUCUGGGGAAAAACCCUUUCACUGCAAAUGCUGUAACGCUAAAUUUACUCAAUUUGUCCAUCUCAAGCUCCACAGAAGACUGCAUACAAACGAACGUCCAUUCGAGUGCUCGCAGUGCAAUCGUAAGUACAUCAGUAGGAGCGGAUUGAAAACUCACUGGAAGACUGGUUCCUGUGUACCCCAGAAUCCCCUGGCAGACUUUAACACGCUUAUAGAUAUGAGCUUUGAUGAUAACGGGGAUGAAAGGAGCCACGACUCCUUUGACGAGUCUUCAAUGAAUUACGACAACGAGAUUGACGUUGACGACUCCAAUGACGCCGAAGAGCAUCACUUAGACGAAGAAAACAUCAAGGACGAAGAGGAUACGGACGAAGUGGACAUUAAAUGGCGCAGAGAUUUCCCUCAUCUUGGUGAGCGAGGUCUCUCCCCUGAAGACAAAGUCAGAUCGGAUUCUCUGAAUUCACAUUUCCAAGGCAUCAAGGAACCUCACACGGGCGACGAAGCGGUUUUGUCCCCUAACAAGCCCAGAGAACGAUGUAGCAGCAGGGCUUCCUCAACAAACUCUCAUCCUACCUCAAGCCCUCUGCGAACGUCUACUCCAAACCCAGAUUCCCCUGGGGGCCAUAUCACGAAAAACGAGGACCACAACCCUCAGCACUUCAGGUUGUCCGAACACUCAGCUCGCCACAACGACACCAGCAAGGAAACAUCGCAUGUCUCAUCAUCAUUGAGUCCGACUGGAAGGAGUGAGAAUGCUUCCAGACACCCCCAAGACAUGGCCACCUCAUCCUCAGGAGUAGCAACUCCUGCUAACCUUCCACAUAGCCUUUAUCCUUUCGGCAUGGUUCACAGAAGUCUGUCUGAACCACAGCCAUUUCCAGGACUGCCUCCAACAAACUGCUUAUCCUCUUCACACAGAGAAAUGCUUUCAACGUGAACCCGCUUCUACUUUAGAAAAACUUGUUUCCAAUUCCAAGUUACACAUGGACAUUUUCACUCCAUACAAUAUGGGACUGUUUCUGAUCAUGCAAAUUUAUACUCUAUGUAGCUGACAUCAAUCGAGUUUUCAAUAAAUACAUGAAGUUUGCAUCUCACUUGCGGUAUCGAAAUCUGUAUUCUGUUGAAUAGGUUGAUUACAAACUGGAUUCUGUUGAAUAGGUUGAUUACAAACUGGAUUCUGUUGAAUAGGUUGAUUACAGACUGGAUUCUGUUGAAUAGGUUGAUUACAGACUGGAUUCUGAUGUCAAACAAACGAACAAACAAACUCUUAUCAUUUCAAACUACUACUCUCUACAUCACUACAUCACUACUCACUACACAGAUUUUGACGUUUCUUUUUUUUUCCCCUUUUCUCUUUCUUUUUAAACAACUAAAUUUUGCAUAUAAUCUGAGAACUUUUUUCUUUUGUUUGUCAUAUUUAAUGAUCUGACUUAUUUAUAUGUAAAAUAAAAAUAAAACACUUAUUAUUAUUUAUGAAACAAAUCGCAGGAUUCUGACACCUGGAUUUAAAAGUCACUUUACCAUUGCACUUCAUCUGUUCUUGUGAAUGACCUCAGUUUUAUUUUUUUACGAAUUUCAGAAGUUUGAAAUCACUUGAAUGACAGAAAUAGAAUGUCAGAAGUUUGAAAUUUGUCUUCUAAACCUUGGUGCUAGAAUUGUCUUCUAAUUGUACAGUUCUUUCUCAAAUGCUAAGAGUCAGGCGAUGACUUGAUCUCUUAUUCUUGUAAGCUUGCUUGAAAACAAAACAAAACUGGUUGAUAGUUUGACAAUAAUUGAACUAUUUUCUGUUGCUGAUUUCAUUAUUAACCUGUUUUUACGUUUUACUUUGUUUUGUUUUUAAAUUAUUUUGUGUAUCAAAUACUCUUGUGAUUUUGCUUAGACCAUUGAAAAUUACUACACUACCUAAAUGUUAUACAUUUGAAAAGAAUGUUUUUUGUUAUUUUACUCUGUUUUCAUUGACUAUUUAAAUUAAGCUUUUGUGUGAUUCUCUUCUUCAUCUGUACAGAAAUGGCAUGCUUAUAAUACAACUGUACAUCUCGACAACCACUCCAUAGAGUGGUGUGAUUCUGUUGUUAUAUUCUCAAUAUUUAUUUCUAGUAUAAACUUAUUUAAUACGUAUGGAAGAAAAAUUAUUUUUUCUUUUUUCAUUUUUUGAAAUGUUCAAGGCUGUCACUUUUAAGUGUGACCAUGGGGUUCAACCAAUUCUUAGAAUGCCUAACAAGAGCGGAUAAAUGAGACAUCAUUUCGGCAGUUCGAAUCCAAGUCAAAUUAUAAAUAUUGAUAUGAGUUGUAUAUGUUAUGCAUAUGUUUUAUAUGAUGUCUACAAAUAUAAACUUCUCUCUGAAUGGUUACAAAAUCAGAGAUUCGAUAUUUUCCUAAGAGUCACCUCCCCCUUUACAAUUCUCUCCUGCAUUCUGUCUAUAAACUGAACACGAGGGGGCAGUGACCUCUGUGCCACCCUGACACAUGAAUCCUUUAAGUUCUGGUCUCCUAAGAAUUUCUUCUCAAGAGUUGACAACAUUCCAGAGUCCACGUACACCUCCCAUCUCUGAAUGUUCCUUGAGUCUCCAUAAAUAAACUCAACUAAUACAAUAACUAUGUAGAUUCUAGCAGGUUUAUAAAUGGCUAGCUAAGAGAACGCUUUCAACAGACCUGUUUAAAAUAUCAGCCAAUGAAAGACAUCCUAUAUUAAAACCGUGUAAAAGUUUGAACAGCUCAAUAACUCUUCUUAUUUGUAUGUAAUGGACACUGUAAUGUCUGAAAAGGGAACCUUACUUUUGACACUUUAAAAGAGGAUUCCACCCUGUCAUGUUUUUCAUAGCUGUAUGAAAUCAUUCAGGGUAUGGUGGCCAAGUGGUAACAAGCUUGACUUCGAAAUCUAGGGCCAAGAGUUCGAAUCCCGACGAAGGGACGUCCCUGAGUCCAUUUCUCAUAAGUUUGAGGAAGUAAAGGCAUAUGGUCGUUGCGCUGACCACAUGACAUCCCCGUUAACUGUUGUUCAUAAAAUAGAUGAGAAUGACAUCAUCUGCCACAUGGGCGGAAACAUUGAAAGGGUUACUAUAACAUUUAAAUCGAAUGCCAAAAGUCUGAAAAUAACCCCCAGAAAUAGAACAUUAAAUGAGCAGACAACGAUAGCUUGUCUUAACAACAAAACUCUAUUAGUGGAGACAUGAGUUGACCAAGCUCUGACAUCUUUAUUUACUUAGUAUUUGCCCGCCAUUAUUUCACUGUUAUUUAUGAAGUACUCACUAGCAAAUAAUCUUGCUUAUCUUGUGAAUAUUUUGUUAUUUGUUUGUUUGUGAUGGACCAUACUUAUUAUAUAGACAUUACUUUGAAGAAUCAAACAUUAAAUAAUAAACAGUGGCUAUUGUAUCA